UGGCUUAACAUUGAGUUUAAUCAUGAACAACUUCAACAUUGUUGCUUGCCUUAUCCUGCUGGGAUUUCAGGCAGCCAUUGUUCUAGCCGAGUUUAACUACGGUGAAGCCCUUGACAAAACCUUCAUGUUUCUUGAGGCACAAAGGUCCGGUAAGCUACCGUUUGACCAGCGUGUCAAGUGGCGGGGUGACUCCGGCCUCAAGGAUGGCGCUCUUCAAGGGGUGGACUUGGUGGGAGGAUAUUAUGAUGCAGGGGAUCAUGUGAAGUUUGGGCUACCAAUGGCAUUUAGUGUGACAAUGCUUGCAUGGGGAACUAUUGAAUACAGGAAGGAAAUCACUAAUUUGAACCAAAUGGGACAUACUUUGUGGGCUAUCAGAUGGGGCACAGAUUAUUUCAUCAAGGCUCACACUCAACCCAAUGUUCUUUGGGGACAGGUUGGCGAUGGGGACUCUGAUCACUACUGUUGGGAGCGUGCGGAAGACAUGACAACUCCGAGAACAGCUUACAAGCUCGACGAGGCUCAUCCAGGUUCUGACCUUGCCGGUGAAACAGCUGCUGCUUUGGCUGCUGCCGCGAUAGCUUUCAAGCCUUACAACUCUUCUUACUCGGAGCUCCUCCUAGUGCAUGCCAAACAGCUUUUCUCGUUUGCAGAUAAAUUUAGAGGCUUAUAUGAUGAUUCCAUCCAAUGUGCUAAGCAGUUUUAUACAUCGUCGGGUUACUCGGAUGAAUUAUUGUGGGCUGCAACUUGGUUAUUCCGAGCAACCGGCGACGAGCAUUACCUGAAGUAUGUCGUAGACAAUGCUGUUUAUAUGGGUGGAACUGGAUGGGCUGUCAAAGAAUUCUCUUGGGACAACAAGUAUGCUGGUGUGCAAAUCCUUCUUUCAAAGGUGUUGAUGGAGCAAAAAGGUGGUACAUACACUUCGACACUAAAGCAAUAUCAGGCCAAAGCUGAUUAUUUUGCCUGUGCUUGUCUGCAAAAGAAUGAUGGCUACAAUGUCCACCUUACCCCUGGUGGCUUAAUGUAUGUACAUGAAUGGAACAAUCUGCAAUAUGCAUCAGCUGCAUCGUUUCUUCUUGCUGUCUACUCUGAUUAUCUCUCUGCAGCAAAUGCUAAACUUACUUGUCCCGAUGGCCAAAUUCAACCACAUGAAGUUUUAAAUUUUGCCAAGUCACAGGCCGAUUACAUUCUAGGCAAAAAUCCCAAGUCAAUGAGCUACUUGGUAGGUUACGGACCAAAAUAUCCGACCCACGUUCACCACCGAGGUGCUUCAAUCGCCUCAAUCUCUGUUCUUCCUUCGAUGGUGAGCUGCGUCCAAGGAUUUGAAGCCUGGUACCGCCGCCCUGAAACGGAUCCUAAUGUCAUAUACGGAGCUCUGGUGGGAGGACCCGACCAGAACGACGGCUUCAACGAUGAUCGGUCUAGUUACGAGCAAACUGAGCCUACACUUUCCGGGUCUGCACCUCUUGUCGGCCUUUUCUCUAAGCUUGAAAGCCUAUCUGGAAAUAAAGGUCCGUACCAUAAACGACCAACAACCGAGCAACCAUCACAAAAUUACCAUCACCAGGAAACAUCGGUUCCUAGCACAAAAUCUCCAGGCGUCCCACCAGUUAGGUUCCUUCACUCGAUAACCAACACAUGGAAUGUGGGGAAAACGACUUACUAUCGCCACAAGGUUGUAAUAAAGAACACAUCUGAAAAGCCAAUAACAGAUCUGAAGCUGGUGAUUGAAGAUUUAUCGGGUAAUUUAUGGGGUCUUUCUCCGACACCGGUCAAGAACACCUACGAGCUUCCACCAUGGCUUAAAGUGUUGAAUCCUGGUUCCGACUGCAGUUUUGUUUACAUUCAAGAAGGUCCUCAAGCCAAGGUUUCAGUUCUUAGCUACCAAUGAGUUUCAGUACCCCACCAACACUUCGAAUACAGUCCCAGAUACUAUAUAUGUUGUAAUAUUGUUGAAAUUCUGAUGGAAAAUUGUAAUUUACUUGCUUUGCUUUUCGGCCAACUGUAAUUUACUUGUUUGUAAUAUAAUUUUGAGGAUGAUUUUGAAAAUUACUCAAUUAAACA